AGACUUCAAUGCCAUGCAUGGGGUACGAAAACGAUGACGAGGCGAAGACUUUUACUUGGUGUUGUCUAGUUUACUGCUUCUUCUACAGAUUAUGAGUGUAUCCCUCUUCGUGCAGACACCGCGGUAUAAAUAACAGGACCAACGACCCUCAUGCGGAAGCCUGUAUAUGAACAUGGCUAUCCUACUUGUAACAUCAAUCCAAUAUACAACUGUCUGGGUGAAAAGGGAUUCAUCACCGACGGAGGUGGUUGUGGUCCAGUCAUUCAACAGGCUAGGUAGCACAGAACUUUACACCGUGACGCUUGGUUCUGGGGAACCGACGGAUGCUGGUCCAGCAGCGGCAGCGACAACAGCAAGUUUUGUCCUUUCAGCAAGCUCAGACGGAGUGAGUCAGGAUACGCUCGGUGGAAUCAUUGGAGGCAUAGUCGGCUUUAUCAUUGUCGUUUUGUUAGCCUUUUUCUGGUUCGGUCGUAUCUGGAUGCCCAAAAUGUCAUCCACCGAAAGCUCUGGAGCGCGGUCCAAGUCGAGCGGCUCAUCUCAGAGAGACGGGAACGGUUCACGCUCGAUAUCGGAGUCGACAAGCGAGAUGACUGAGGAAGAUUGGGACGAUCAGCCGAGGCCUAGACCUGGACCUGGACCUGGACCCGGACCUGGCCGCAACAUGGGUACGAUGCCAGGUGGCCCGAUGCCAGGGGCCACUUGGGGCGGGCCACUACCAGGUAUGGGUCAACCUCCCGGAACAUUUCCGAUGAACGGUAUGGGAAGAGGCGGGCCUCCAAUGAUGGGUCGUGGAACGCCUAUGUUGAGGCCUCAGUAAUAUGCUCGCCUUUCACAGAAAGGCAGCAUUUGCAGUGAAUGCUCUGGUGUCGCUUCGUGGGUGUUAUGGAUAGCCGUGAAAAGCGCAGUCUUCGAUGACUAGAAUAAUUUUGUUUCUCGCACUCCUUAGAUCAGAAUACUUGUAUCUAAAAAAGGAGGGCACAUAUCAAAGAGAGCUCUUAGCAAUG